GGGAGCCGCCGCCGCCGCCGCCGCCGCCGCCACCGCCGCGUCCCCGGCGAGCCGAGCCCGGGCGGCCGACACCAUGGGCGCGCACGGCCGGCUGCCCUGGGGGGCGCUCUGCUGCGCCUGGCUGCUGGGCUGUGCGCUCCCCGCCGCGGCGCAGGCUGCCAAGGAAGUGCUGCUGCUGGAUUCUAAAGCACAACAAACAGAACUGGAAUGGAUCUCCUCUCCCCCCAAUGGAUGGGAAGAAAUCAGUGGUCUGGAUGAGAACUACACGCCCAUAAGAACCUACCAGGUGUGUCAGGUCAUGGAGCCCAACCAGAACAACUGGCUGAGGACUAACUGGAUCCCCAAAGGCAACGCACAGAGGAUUUUCGUUGAGCUGAAAUUCACCCUGAGGGAUUGUAACAGUCUUCCUGGAGUACUGGGGACUUGCAAGGAGACCUUUAAUCUGUACUAUUACGAAACAGACUAUGACACUGGCAGGAAUCUAAGAGAGAACCUCUAUGUCAAAAUAGACACCAUUGCUGCUGAUGAGAGUUUCACUCAAGGUGACCUUGGUGAAAGAAAAAUGAAGCUUAACACUGAGGUGAGAGAGAUUGGACCUUUGUCCAAAAAGGGAUUCUAUCUUGCCUUCCAGGAUGUAGGUGCUUGUAUAGCUCUGGUCUCUGUCAAAGUGUACUACAAGAAGUGCUGGUCCAUUAUUGAGAACCUAGCUAUCUUUCCAGAUACAGUGACUGGCUCAGAAUUCUCCUCUUUAGUCGAGGUCCGAGGGACAUGUGUGAGCAGUGCCGAGGAAGAAGCAGAAAACUCACCCAGGAUGCACUGCAGUGCCGAAGGAGAAUGGUUAGUGCCCAUUGGAAAAUGUAUCUGCAGAGCAGGUUACCAGCAAAAGGGGGACACGUGUGAACCCUGUGGUCGCGGGUUCUACAAAUCUUCCUCUCAGGAUCUUCAGUGCUCUCGUUGUCCAUCUCACAGUUUUUCUGAUAAAGAGGGUUCCUCAAGAUGUGAAUGUGAAGAUGGGUACUACAGGGCUCCCUCUGACCCACCAUAUGUUGCCUGCACAAGACCUCCAUCCGCACCUCAGAACCUCAUUUUCAACAUCAACCAGACCACAGUAAGUUUGGAGUGGAGUCCUCCUGCGGACAAUGGAGGAAGAAACGACGUGACCUACCGGGUACUGUGUAAACGAUGUAGCUGGGAGCAAGGGGAGUGUGUCCCCUGUGGGAGUAACAUUGGGUACAUGCCUCAGCAGUCGGGGCUGGAAGAUAACUAUGUCACCGUUAUGGACCUGCUGGCCCACGCAAAUUACACCUUUGAAGUGGAAGCCGUGAACGGCGUUUCUGACUUAAGUCGUGCGCAGAGGCUCUUUGCUGCUGUCAGCGUCACCACUGGUCAAGCAGCCCCCUCGCAAGUGAGCGGAGUCAUGAAGGAGCGGGUACUGCAGCGGAGUGUGGAGCUUUCUUGGCAGGAACCAGAGCAUCCCAAUGGAGUCAUCACCGAGUAUGAAAUCAAGUAUUACGAGAAAGAUCAAAGGGAACGCUCCUACUCCACAGUAAAAACCAAGUCUACUUCUGCCUCCAUUAAUAACCUGAAGCCAGGGACAGUGUAUGUUUUCCAGAUCAGGGCGUUUACUGCUGCUGGCUAUGGAAACUACAGCCCCAGACUUGAUGUUGCUACCCUAGAGGAAGCUACAGGUAAAAUGUUUGAAGCCACGGCUGUCUCUAGUGAACAGAACCCUGUGAUCAUAAUCGCUGUGGUGGCAGUGGUAGGGACGAUCAUUUUGGUGUUCAUGGUCUUCGGCUUCAUCAUCGGAAGAAGGCACUGUGGUUACAGCAAAGCUGACCAAGAAGGGGACGAGGAGCUCUACUUUCAUUUUAAAUUUCCAGGCACCAAAACCUACAUUGACCCUGAAACUUAUGAGGACCCAAAUAGAGCUGUCCAUCAAUUCGCCAAGGAGCUAGAUGCCUCCUGUAUUAAAAUUGAGCGUGUGAUCGGUGCAGGGGAGUUUGGGGAAGUCUGCAGCGGACGCUUGAAGCUCCCGGGGAAGAGAGACGUCGCCGUGGCCAUCAAGACUCUGAAAGUUGGCUACACAGAAAAGCAGAGGAGAGACUUCUUGUGUGAAGCCAGCAUCAUGGGGCAGUUUGACCACCCGAAUGUUGUCCACUUGGAAGGAGUAGUCACAAGAGGGAAACCUAUCAUGAUUGUGAUUGAAUUCAUGGAGAAUGGAGCCGUGGACACGUUCCUCAGGAAACACGAUGGACAAUUCACAGUCAUCCAGCUAGUCGGAAUGCUGAGAGGAAUUGCUGCCGGGAUGAGAUAUUUGGCGGAUAUGGGAUAUGUUCAUAGGGACCUUGCAGCUCGCAAUAUUCUUGUCAACAGCAAUCUCGUUUGUAAAGUGUCAGAUUUCGGCCUCUCCAGGGUUAUAGAAGACGACCCUGAAGCCGUGUACACAACCACGGGUGGAAAGAUCCCAGUCAGAUGGACAGCACCUGAAGCCAUCCAGUACCGGAAGUUUACGUCAGCCAGCGAUGUCUGGAGUUACGGAAUAGUGAUGUGGGAAGUUAUGUCAUAUGGAGAACGGCCUUACUGGGACAUGUCGAAUCAAGAUGUUAUUAAAGCUAUAGAAGAAGGCUAUCGGCUACCUGCACCCAUGGACUGCCCUGCUGGUCUCCACCAGCUGAUGCUGGAUUGCUGGCAGAAGGACCGUGCUGAAAGGCCAAAGUUUGAACAGAUAGUUGGAAUUCUAGACAAAAUGAUACGAAACCCAAAUAGUCUGAAGACCCCCCUGGGCACGUGUAGUAGACCAAUAAGCCCACUUUUGGAUCAAAACACUCCAGACUUCACUACCUUUUGUUCCGUUGGAGAAUGGCUACAAGCUAUUAAGAUGGAAAGAUACAAAGAUAACUUCACAGCAGCAGGUUACAACUCCCUUGAGUCAGUGGCCCGGAUGACUAUUGAGGACAUGAUGAGUCUAGGGAUCACACUGGUUGGCCAUCAGAAGAAGAUCAUAAGCAGCAUUCAGACUAUGAGAGCACAAAUGCUUCAUCUGCAUGGAACUGGAAUCCAGGUGUGAUGCGUAUGCCUCCCUCGCAGGGGACUGCAAACUGCAGGAGAAUAGUGCUGGCCUUCAGUGUGUGCACAGAACGACAGAAAGCUGCUACAAGACAGUUGAUGGCCCUUCCGACAGUGAAGACGAGUUUUAAGAAGCACCUCUAGACUUGAACUCCUAAGUGCCACCAGAAUAUAUUAUUUAAAAAAAAAAAAAAGGGAAUUUAGGAUCCACCACUGGUGGCCAGGAACACAGCAGCCGUGAUAAUAAACAAAGAACUACCUGAAAAAAAACAUCCCAAACACCUUGAGCUCUCUAACCUCCUUUUUAUCUUAUAGACUUUUUAAAAUGUACAUAAAGAAUUUAAGAAAGAAUAUAUUUGUCAAAUAAAAUCAUGAUCUUAUUGUUAAAAUCAAUGAACUAUUUUCCUUAAAUAUGUGGUUUCAGACUAUUCUUUUUUCAAAGUCAUUUUUUUGUUUAUUCUUCAUAAGGACUUUGUUUAAGAAAAUUGUUUAUAGCUUUGGACCUUUUUAGUGUUAAUCUACCACACAUGACUACACUGGGUACCUUUAAAAGAAUCUCAAAAAGCAAAAAAAAAAAAAAUAAAAAAUACAUAGCAUGGUUGAAGAUAUAUUGUCAGAACAUUGGUAUCCUUUUUGUGCCAUUUUAUUUAAUCAGUGCUGCUUUGAUAUUGUUUGCUGAUUGGCAGAUAGUCAAGAAAAUGCAGGUUGCCAAGAGCGCUGAUAUUUUUUAAAGAGACUUUUUUUUUUUAAUCAGACAUACUAUCUUUUCAAUGAAAAAAAAAAGCAAUAAUGAUCCAUAAAUAUUAUAAGGCACUUUUAACAGAUUGUUUAUAGGGUGAUUUUACUAGGCAGAAUUUAAUACAAACUGAAAUGGUAGGUUUAUGACUAUUAACAGAAAACGAGGCACUUCACCUGAGGAAUGGUGGUGAAGGCCUGUCUCUGAAAGCAAGAACUGUCCAGUGUUAGCUGAAAUUUAAUCUGAGCACACUUAAGACUUUUUCAAUGUCUGACAUUGGGGACUUUAGGAGAAAUAGUUGACAUAUAUUUUAUAUCCUGUUCAGUUUAAUGCAGCCCAAAUAUAAGAGGAAACAAUGAAGUCUUCUGAAAGGAUUCUGGAGCAUGAUCAAAGGGCCGGUUUGUAAUUUUCACCUUUCAGAAACCAAUUUGCUGCAGAGAAAACCUCUGCAGUGGUUUUUCAAGAAAGUUCUGUUUGUGGACACUUAUAUGAGAAACGUACUCACGCUUUUGGCCACUUGAGGAAGCGCUGAAGGAGCUGGCUUUUGUUUUAAGCAUUAUUUAUUCAAACCACAUGCUUUGAUUCCUGUGUUAGAAUUUCAUAAGCAAUAAUUAAAUGUGUCUUUAUAGAUAUUUCAGGAAUGUAUACUUAUGAUUGUGAGUAAUUCUUUCAAAAGUUAUGAAAAUCAUGAACUACCCCAGAAUGGAACUGUUGUACUUCCAAAGAGAAUUGGGCUGUUGAUAAUGAUUUUCCUAGAGAAAGAUCCCAGGGAUCUAUCAUAAUUGGUCUUGUUUGCUAAUGUGGGCAUCCACAAGCAAACAACAGAAACAAACUCUGUAAAUGCUCCUUUGUAAAGCUUGUAAAUUUUAUUUAUACUGUCUUGUUUUGUACACACAUCUCUCUGUCGUGGGCUCUGAAUACCUUGAAAAUGCACUCUAUUUUUCUAUUUUACUUGUGAAGCAUCACAAAGAACAGGUAUUCUCAGUGCUGCAUAAAGUGUUUUCCCAAAUUUAGGACCAAAGAUGGCUAGAGGAAAACUCAAAUGGAUUGCUUCCUAAGCCCCUCCCCACCCACACCCCCUUUUUCUUCUUUUUAAACCACUGUACAGUGUUAUCUGAUAUUUUAAUUUAUUUUUUUUCCAAUUGACUAGAAAAAAAUCAUUUUAAUUUCACUAAGGUGUUUUUGUCCCUGAGAAAAAUAAUCUGUAAAGUAAUUUUAAUCAGCGUAAUACAGUCAUCUAGACACUUCCAUUUGUAAUCUUUGUAAUAGACUGUAAAUAUAUUUUUGGAACUAUGACACAAUGUGCUUGAGGGUUAUUUUGCAGUGUCUGCGAUGUCUAUCUACACUGUUUUUACUAAGUGUAGCACUUUACAAUUCUAAUCAGUAGCAUUGGCCUUUGUGAGAAUGAGUGAAAGAGACUGAGUGAGUGUCCUUAAUUCCGUUUGGAUUCUAGACUCACUACUAAUGAAGUUGUUUUCUUGUUCAUAGCUUAAGGUGCUUAUUUUUUCUAUUAAAAUUAAAUUAACAAAAAAAAAAAGCCAUUCUAGAAGUAGAAGACAUAGUCUGGUACAUGGAAAUGGUGUCUUUCCUGCUUUUUUCUAGCUCUAGAUUUAUAGUCGAGUCUUCUUUCUUGAGUAGAAGGGCAGAAUAAAAGUUUUUUUUGGAUUUUUUUUCAAAAAUAACUUUUUCUUCAGCAAUAUACCUCAUCUGCCUUAAAUUUUUUACAGCUCUUUACAGGGAAAGGGGAGAAGGGAUGGGAAAGACACAGCACAAUGGGAAGUGUGUGAUGACAUCACUCUCUUGUUUGUAGGUAUCUUUUCCCCGUUAACAUUUUGAUUUUGAGAUACAUGUGUAUGUGAGACAGAUAUGCAGAGAAAAAAGAAAGUGAAUUAACGUUGUCGUGCUGAUUGUAAUAUUCUCUUCCAGAAAGAGAAAAAGUGGUAUAAUGAUAAGAAUGUACAACUUGCACCUUGAAAUCAUUUUUUUUUUUAUAAAUUAGUGCUCAGGGGAGGAAAGGUAGAGAAAGCAAAAGUCAGAAAUAGAAUUCAGACACUAGAAAAAUGCACAGUGAAAUGGCCUCCUUGCUUCAAUAGACCCACUUCUUUUAAACACUAUCUUCACACCUGACUUGGGUUUUGCAUUCAGUACUAAAAUAAAGGCGAUUUUACCGCAUCUGAAUCUAACAUUUUUUCUCAGAAGUUGACGUGGGCCUAGUUCACCAAAACUGGUGGUUUAUGCUGGUCAGAGCACUAUUAGUUGAACCAUAUUGUAUACUUUUGUAACUACAUUCACUAGUACUACUUAGGACGCUAUUUUAAUUGCUCCUCCUAUCCGUGUUUUUAAGACAAUGAAAACAGAGUGAUUCACCUCUCUUUUUGAUUUAGGUAAUGCUGAUAACUCCCUUUUGUUUCCUGGGUGGCCUUGAAGUGCGCUGCUCACAGAUGUGCAUGUUCCAAUAAAUGACUGAUGUGUAUUUUUAUUUUAUUUUAUUUUUGCUAUAUGUGGAGAAAUCAUGGGGAACUCGGGGCGAAAUGUGCUUUUUGUUGGUUGAAUUUGUCCCUCCUUGCCUAAGAUUUACUACAGGGGUCAUCCUUUUAUAAGGACAAACUGCUUUUGAACAGUGUCUUCAAUGUAUCAAGCACAAAUAACUCUUCAACACAGAUCAUAAGACUCUUUUUACCAGCUUAAAAUAAUAAACAAGUCUAUUAGACAAUGUAAAGAAAA